AUCAGUUAGCAUUUGUUCGCCCCAUACACAACAGCUCCCAAGUAUUUUGCAACAUGUAUUCCAAGAUCAUUGUUGUUCUGGCCCUUGUCGCCGCCGUCAGUGCUCAAAGCCACUACGGACAUCAACAACACUACCAGCCCCAGCACUACCAUCACGAAGAGGAGCAUCACGGACCAGUGCACUACGAGUAUCACUACGAUGUGCAUGAUGACCACACCGGUGAUGUUCACGGCCAGAAGGAGGCUCGUAAGGAUGACUCUACUCAGGGCGAGUACUACCUGAUCGAUGCCGACGGUCACAAGCGUACCGUUACGUACCACGUUGAGGGCAAGAGCGGAUUCAUCGCGGAGGUGCACCGUGAGCCGAUCAAGGGUUACCAGGCACCGCAGCCCCAACAUCAUCAAUAUCAAUCGCAAUACCAACAUUAAGUUGUUAAUUGUACUCUUGAUAAAACUUUAGGAGUUAAAGAAAUAAAGAUUAUGACCGAAGUUGUUUAAAAUUAUAUUUCCUUUUUUUCCUUUGUUUUGCAUUAUACAAUGUCUAAAGUGUUACAUUGGUAGGUAUUCGAAAUGGACAUUACUACGAAAUUUACAAUAGAGUUCGGCCGCUCUUCCUUUUUAUCUGAUCUAUAUGUCAAUUUCCUAGAAUUAUAAAUCGUCAUGGAAACUGUGCACUUGGCUUCUUUUAUUACCUUUCUACACGAGAAUGUGGAAUAAUAAUCAAAAAUUAACUUUUAUAUGCAAAUAUAAUGAAUUUCUUCAUGGCAGGAAGAUCGUUCUAAUUGGAAGGGUCCGACCCAGCACUGUAUGUUUGCCGGUAUGAAACAGCUUCAAUUUGGAAAGUCAUUAUAAGCAUUCUUAAACAUAUUUAAUUAUUCCUUAUGUAUUCGAGUCACAUAAUCCUCAUUGUUGGCUAAAACAAUGUUGUGAUUGAUGAGAAAAAAGAUCUGUAAUACUUUUUAUGGUAAAUAUUAUUUAAUUAAAUGUAUACUUUUUUACAUGAUUUAAUGUGUUAGUUAGGGCGGU